CGAGGGGGCGGUCUCGCUGCCCGAGCUAAGAUGGCGGCCUCCAGCGCCAGGCUCUGAGGCAGGGGAGCGGUGUAGCGGCUGCCGCCCGCCCGGCCGGCCGGAGGGUGAGGGGUGAGAGCUCCGCUCAGUGCCCCUUCGCCCUUAUCGCCGGGAAGGCGCAUUGCUGGUGGGGGCAGGUCCGGGCAGCGCGGGCUCCCCGGCCAGGUCUUGGCACAGAAUGAAUAUAAUUAGAGAAAACAGAGAUCUUGCUUGUUUCUACACAACAAAACAUUCAUGGAGGGGAAAAUAUAAGCGGGUCUUUUCAGUUGGAACCCAUGCCAUCACCACAUACAACCCCAACACCCUGGAAGUUACAAAUCAGUGGCCUUAUGGAGAUAUCUGUAGUAUUUCUCCUGUUGGAAAAGGACAAGGAACAGAAUUUAACCUCACUUUUCGCAAAGGGAGUGGAAAAAAAUCUGAGACACUUAAGUUUUCCACAGAGCACAGAACAGAACUCCUUACAGAGGCACUGAGAUUCAGGACAGACUUCUCGGAAGGAAAAAUCACAGGACGGAGGUAUAACUGCUAUAAGCAUCACUGGAGUGAUACAAGGAAACCUGUGAUUCUGGAAGUGACUCCUGGAGGAAUUGAUCAAAUUGAUCCUGCUACAAAUAAGGUCCUGUGCUCCUAUGACUACAGAAAUAUUGAAGGCUUUGUUGAUAUUACUGGCUAUCAGGGAGGCUUCUGCAUCCUCUAUGGAGGAUUUAGUAGAUUGCACCUGUUUGCCUCUGAGCAGAGGGAGGAAAUUAUCAAGAGUGCAAUAGAACAUGCUGGCAACUUCAUAGGCAUAUCUCUGCGGAUAAGGAAAGAAUCCCUAGAAUUUGAGCAAUACUUGAAUCUUCGCUUUGGAAAGUACAGCAAUGAUGAAUCUAUAACAUCUUUAGCAGAGUUUGUUGUUCAGAAAAUAACACCUAGGCACUUGGAACCUGUGAAAAGAGUACUCGCUCUUACAGAAGCUUGCUUAGUUGAGAGGGAUCCAGCUACUUACAACAUUGCAACUUUGAAGCCUUUAGGCGAGGUAUUUGCAAUAGUGUGUGACUGUGAAAACCCCCAGCUUUUUACUAUUGAAUUCAUCAAAGGACAAAUUCGGAAAUACUCUUCAACAGAAAGAGAUUCUCUCUUGGCUAGCUUGUUGGAUGGAGUGAGAGCUUCUGGUAAUAGAGAUGUCUGUGUGAAAAUGACCUCCACACACAAAGGCCAGCGUUGGGGAUUACUCAGUAUGCCUGUAGAUGAAGAAGUAGAGAGCCUCCAUCUGAAGUUUUUGGCUGCUCCUCCAAAUGGUAACUUUGCAGAUGCUGUGUUCAGGUUCAAUGCUAACAUUUCCUACAGUGGAGUCCUACAUGCAGUUACACAAGAUGGUCUGUUCUCAGAAAACAAGGAGAAGCUCAUUAAUAAUGCCAUAACAGCAUUGCUCUCCCAAGAGGGAGAUACUGCAGCAUCUAAUGCAGAGCUGGAAAGCCAAUUCCAAGCAGUUAGACGACUAGUGGCUUCAAAAGCAGGCUUCCUUGCCUUUACUCAGCUUCCAAAAUUUCGAGAACGAUUGGGAGUGAAGGUUGUGAAAGCCCUCAAAAGGAACAAUGAUGGCGUAACCCAUGCCUCUAUUGACAUGCUUUGUGCUCUUAUGUGUCCCAUGCAUGAUGACUAUGACUUGAGGCAGGAGCAGCUGAACAAAGCUUCCCUUCUUUCUUCAAAGAAGUUUCUAGAAAAUCUAUUAGAGAAAUUCAAUUCCCAUGUGGAUCAUGGGACAGGUGCCCUAGUAAUUAGUUCACUUCUGGACUUCCUGACAUUUGCCCUAUGUGCUCCAUAUAGUGAGACUACUGAGGGGCAGCAAUUUGACAUGUUGUUGGAAAUGGUGGCAUCUAAUGGAAGAACACUAUUUAAGCUCUUUCAGCACCCUUCCAUGGCAAUUGUGAAAGGAGCAGGUUUGGUGAUGAAGGCCAUAAUAGAGGAAGGAGACAAAGAGAUUGCUACCAAAAUGCAAGAUCUUGCCCUCAGUGAAGGUGCCUUACCUCGUCACUUGCACACUGCUAUGUUUACAAUAAGCACAGAUCAGAGGAUGCUUACAAAUAGGCAGUUAAGUAGACAUUUGGUUGGCCUCUGGACAGCUGAGAACAAAACUGCUAUGAAUUUGUUGAAACGUAUUUUGCCACCAGGUUUGCUGGCAUACCUUGACAGUGCUGAUCCUGUUCCUGAAAAAGAUGCUGAUAGAAUGCAUGUUAGAGAUAACUUAAAAAUUGCAACUGAUCAGUAUGGCAAGUUUAAUAAAGUGCCAGAGUGGCAGAGACUGGCUGGAAAAGCUGCAAAGGAGGUUGAAAAAUUUGCCAAAGAGAAAGUGGAUCUAGUCUUGAUGCACUGGAGAGAUCGAAUGGGCAUAGCUCAGAAGGAGGACAGAAACAAUAUGAACAUUAUUCAAAAACCAGUGAUUUUAAGGAAACGGCGCCAAAGAAUAAAAAUAGAAGCAAACUGGGAUCUCUUCUAUUACAGAUUUGUUCAGGAUCAUGCUAGAUCAAACUUGAUAUGGAACUUCAAAACACGGGAAGAGCUGAGAGAUACUCUUGAGUCUGAGAUGAGAGCAUUUAAUAUCGACAGAGAACUUGGUAGUGCUAAUGUUAUCUCAUGGAACCACCAGGAGUUUGAGGUGAAAUAUGAGUGCCUUUCUGAGGAAAUAAAAAUAGGGGAUUAUUAUCUAAGAUUGCUGCUGGAAGAAGAUGAAACUGAAGCGAGUGGAGCAAUCAAAAGAUCAUACGAAUUCUUCAAUGAACUCUACCAUCGCUUCUUGCUUACCCCAAAAGUGAAUAUGAAAUGCUUGUGUCUGCAAGCAUUGGCCAUUGUUUAUGGAAGGUGUCAUGAAGAAAUAGGACCAUUUUCUGAUACUAAGUACAUUGUUGGAAUGUUAGAAAGGUGCACUGACAGGCUUGAGCGGGACAGAUUAAUCCUGUUCCUCAACAAGCUGAUCCUCAAUAAGAGAAAUGUGAAGGACCUUAUGGAUUCAAAUGGUGUCAGAAUCCUCGUAGAUCUUCUUACUCUGGCACAUCUUCACACGAGCAGAGCUACAGUCCCUUUGCAGAGCAACGUGAUUGAGGCAGCACCUGAUGCGAAGAGGGAGAGCGAGAAAGAAUGGUACUUUGGCAAUGCUGACAAAGAAAGGAGUGGUCCUUACAGCUUUCAAGAGAUGCAGGAACUAUGGAACAAUGGAAAGCUGACUUCAAAAACUCGUUGCUGGGCUCAGGGUAUGGAUGGUUGGCGACCCUUACAGGUCAUCCCUCAGCUGAAGUGGUGCUUGCUCGCCAGUGGCCAGCCUGUUUUGAAUGAGACUGACCUUGCCACCCUUGUCCUCAACAUGCUCAUCACCAUGUGUGGAUAUUUUCCCAGCAGGGAUCAAGAUAAUGCUAUUAUAAGACCUCUGCCUAGAGUGAAAAGGCUGUUGACAGAUAGUACUUGCCUUCCUCAUAUCACUCAGCUACUACUGACUUUUGAUCCUAUCCUUGUGGAAAAAGUUGCUGUAUUGCUCUCUCAUGUCAUGCAAGACAACCCUCAGUUACCUCGCUUUUACCUGAGUGGAGUAUUCUUCUUCAUCAUGAUGUACACAGGUUCCAAUGUCCUUCCUAUUGCAAGGUUUUUGAAAUACACACAUACAAAACAAGCUUUCAAGUCUGAAGAAACAAAAAGCCAAGAUAUAGUUCAAAGAAGUAUACUUGGACACAUUCUUCCUGAAGCAAUGGUGUGUUAUUUGGAAAACUAUGAACCAGAAAAAUUUUCUGAAAUAUUUCUUGGAGAGUUUGACACUCCGGAAGCAAUUUGGAGCAGUGAAAUGAGGCGUCUAAUGAUAGAGAAGAUUGCUGCUCAUCUGGCUGACUUCACCCCUCGUCUUCAAAGCAAUACAAGAGCCCUGUACCAAUACUGUCCCAUCCCGGUUAUCAACUAUCCCCAACUGGAAAAUGAGCUGUUCUGUAACAUUUAUUACCUCAAGCAUCUUUGUGAUACGCUCAGAUUUCCUGACUGGCCAAUUAAAGAUCCAGUUAAACUGUUGAAAGAUACCCUAGAAGCUUGGAAGAAGGAGGUGGAGAAGAAGCCACCUACCAUGUCAAUAGAUGAUGCUUAUGAAGUUCUUAACCUACCCAGAGGACAAGGCCAAAAUGAUGAAAGCAAGAUCAGGAAAGCUUAUUUCAGGCUGGCUCAAAAAUACCACCCAGACAAGAAUCCAGAAGGCAGGGAUAUGUUUGAAAAAGUUAAUAAAGCAUAUGAGUUUUUAUGCACAAAGUCUGCCAAGGUGAUAGAUGGGCCAGAUCCAGAAAACAUAAUUUUGAUCUUGAAAACUCAAAGCAUCCUCUUCAACAGGCAUAAGGAAGAUUUGAAACCUUACAAGUAUGCAGGCUAUCCUAUGCUGAUAAAGACCAUUACCAUUGAAACAUCAGAUGACCUUCUGUUUUCCAAAGAAUCCCCACUGUUGCCUGCUGCUACAGAACUUGCUUUUCAUACUGUCAGUUGUUCAGCAUUAAAUGCAGAAGAAUUGAGGAGAGAAAGUGGAAUUGAGGUAUUGCAAGAAGCGUUUAAUCGUUGUGUAGCAGUCUUGACUCGUUCUAGCAAGCCAGAUGAUAUGUCUGUACAGGUAUGUGGAUACAUUAGUAAAUGCUACAGUGUAGCAGCUCAGUUUGAGGAAUGCAGAGAGAAGAUUACAGAAAUGCCUAACAUAAUUAAGGACCUCUGUAGACUACUGUAUUAUGGCAAGACCAUUCCACGAGUAGCUGCUUUAGGAGUAGAGUGUGUCAGCUCCUUUGCCUUAGAUUACUGGCUACAAACACAUCUGUUCCAAGCUGGAGUUCUGUGGUACUUACUGGGUUACCUCUUCAACUAUGACUAUACGCUGGAGGAGAGCGGCAUUCAGAAGAGUGAAGAUUCGAACCACCAGGAGGUAGCAAAUAGCCUUGCUAAGCUCAGUCUCCUGGCCUUGAGUCGCCUUGGAGGGUAUCUUUCUGACGAGCAAGCUACCCCUGAAAACCCAACAAUCAGGAAAAGCUUGGCUGGAAUGUUGACACCCUACAUUGCAAGAAAACUUUCUGUGGUCACUCCUACUGAGACUCUGAAGAUGCUUAACAGUAACACAGAGAACCCCUACUUGAUUUGGAACAAUGGGACACGAGCUGAAUUACUUGAGUUUUUGGAAUCUCAGCAAGAAAGCAUGAUUAAGAGAGGUGAUUGUGACAAGAGCUAUGGAUCUGACUUUGUCUUCAGUGACCAUGCAAAGGAACUUAUUGUGGGAGAGAUUUUUGUUAGAGUCUAUAAUGAGGUCCCUACCUUCCAAUUAGAGCUUCCUAAAGCAUUUGCUGCAAGCCUCUUGGAUUAUGUAGGCUCACAAGCACAAUACCUUCAUACACUCAUGGCAAUAACUCAGACUGGGAAAGUGGAGUCCAAUCAGCACGGAGAUCGCUUACGGAGAGUUGAAAUGGCCCUGGAGGCUCUAAGAAAUGUCAUAAAACACAACCCAGGUUCUGAGUGUGAAUGCAUAGGGCACUUUAAGUUGAUAUUCUCCCUUCUGCGUGUUCAUGGAGCUGGCCUGGUGCAGCAGUUGGCUCUGGAGGUAGUCAACAUAGUAACAAGUAAUCAAGAAUGUGUUAACAACAUUGCUGAGGCAAUGGUUCUUGCUAACUUGCUGGCACUCCUGCAUUCCUUACCUUCAAGUCGGCAGCUUGUCCUUGAAACUCUGUAUGCUUUGACAUCUAGCACAAAAAUAAUUAAAGAGGCCAUGGCAAAAGGUGCGUUAAUCUACUUACUAGAUAUGUUUUGCAACUCAACUCAUCCACAGGUCCGAGCCCAAACGGCAGAGCUUUUUGCCAAAAUGACUGCAGAUAAGCUGGUGGGUCCAAAGGUUAGAAUCACACUAAUGAAAUUUUUACCUGGAGUCUUCAUGGAUGCCAUGAGAGACAACCCUGAAGCUGCUGUUCAUAUCUUUGAGGGAACCCAUGAAAAUCCAGAACUGAUUUGGAAUGACAGCUCCAGGGAGAGAGUAUCAACAACAGUUCGAGAAAUGAUGCUUGAGCACUUUAAACUUCAGAGGGACAACCCUGACAGUAACUGGAAGCUGCCUGAAGACUUUGCUGUGGUGUAUGGUGAGGCAGAAGGUGAACUUUCAGUGGGGGGAGUCUUCCUCAGGAUUUUUAUUGCCCAGCCGGCCUGGGUUUUACGGAAACCAAGAGAAUUUCUCAUUGCACUGUUGGAAAAGUUUACUGAACUACUGGAGAAAAAUAACCCCCAUGGGGAAACUUUAGAAACCAUUACCACAGCAACUGUGUGCCUGUUCAGUGCCCAGCCUCAGCUAGCUGAUCAAGUUCCUCCUCUUGGUCAUCUUCACAAGAUAAUCCAGGCUAUGAAUCACAAGAACAAUGCCAUUCCUAAAAGUGCGAUUCGUGUCAUGCACAUAUUGUCAGACAAUGAGCUUUGUGUUAGAGCGAUGGCAUCACUGGAGACCAUUGGCCCUCUCAUGAAUGGAAUGAAAAAGAGAUCAGACGUUAUUGGGAUAGCCUGUGAAACACUAAAUCGAAUGUUUCAGAAGGAACAAACUGACUUAGUAGCACAAUCUUUGAAAGCGGAUUUGGUCCCUUAUCUUCUAAAGCUGCUUGAAGGUGUUGGUCUUGAGAGCCUGGAAAGCCCAUCUGCAACAAAAGCUCAGAUUGUUAAGGCUCUGAAAUCCAUGUCUCGCAGCCUGCAGUACGGGGAACAGGUAAAUGAAAUUCUGUCCCGUUCUUCUGUGUGGAGUGCCUUCAAGGAUCAGAAACACGACUUGUUCAUUUCUGAUACACAAACAUCUGGAUACCUCACAGGCCCUGGAGUUGCUGGUUACCUCACUGCAGGGACGACGUCAUCCGUAAUGCCCAACGUACCACCCCCGGUAGACAACGAAGUGGGAGAUGUCAGCUAAGGACUGGAAAUCUUUGUGGAAGAGACAAAGGCAGACAGGCCAGUGAUGAGGAACAGCACUUUCCUCCAAUACAUUGAAGUGAACUUACUGCCUUGCCAGGUGUUUAUGACAGUGUUAUUCCUUUUUUCUAUGACUUUUUUUUUUUUCUAGGAAAAGUCAGUGAUUCUAACUACCACACUGUAACACAAGAAAGCACUCUGUGGAUCAGCUGAAAUGGGUACACAAGAAUUUUUUUCUUGUUGUACAUAAGCACAUUUUGUUCCUUUAUAUUUGUUUACAAGACUGUGAAUCAAACUUUCCUAGUUUUUAUAUUUUAUGGAUUAGCAUGACUGGAGUUGAGCUACAGUCUAGAGGAAUUGGGCUAAAAUAACUUGGACCUCACCAACCCCACUAAAAGGGCAUCCCUUCAUUUCUCAAUCUGAUGUGAUCACUUCCAUUGAACAUGACCUGAAAGGGUUUGUCUGCACCAGUUCACUCAUGUCCUUAAUCAUUAACAUUAUCUUCUUCCUCGGAUCAAACAGCAUUAGACACUUGUAUGUAUAACUGGCUUGACCAAAUUGACAAAGCUUCAGCAAAAAAACCUUAAAAAAGUUGACAUGUUAUGUAAGAAAUUAGUGUAAUUGUGAAAUGUUCUAUACAUUAUCCAGUAUAUAAAAACUUUCUAUAUUGAGUGUACAUUAUACAGAUCAUUCAUAUGUACAUAGAAUUUUAAAAUAAAGGGAAUUAAGAGCCUUGUUAAUGAGAUAAA